CCAAAUCCCAACCGUCAAAACCAUGCUCAGCGCGAAGCGCAAGGCGCGCUUCUUCGACAAGCUCAACGAGAUCUACGUCCCAACCAAGCGGCCGGCGCCAGAGACGGAUGCGCCGCCAGUCCUCGCUUCGUCUGCUGGCGACGCCUCGGAUCGACGACAGUCGUUUCCGCCCAUGGCAGUGACCAAAGCGCUCGUCGACAAGGCCCACCGGCGGCAGUCGGUGCCACUCGCAGGACCGCUCCAAGGCCUGCGACUGCUCAUCGUAGCAUUGGGGUCCGACAUGAGUCGGCGGCGCCUCGACAUUUGGACGACGCAGGUGGCCAAGGCCGGCGGACAGCUCGUCACGACAUGCGACGACAGCGAGAAUACGAUCGUCGUGGCGAGCCUCAGCCUGUCACGCGAGCGGCUCUGCAGCUACUGCCACGUGCCAGAGCUUUCUCCAAGUCUGCGCGUCGUUUCGCCUGACUGGCUCGUAUACGUCAUCCAGCAUCGCACUUUGCCGCCCGAUGGGAUGUUUGCUUGGACCGACGUUGCGCCGACGACUGCGCCCACCGAGGAUGCGCCGCCCCAGCGAGCCUUUUACGAGAGCUCCCCCAGCAACACGCAAGAGAGCCCUGCGCCACUACCUACAGCACAGUCCGCCAUCGCUUCUGGGUCGCCAUUGCGGGCGCUCGACGAAGACAUGGCGUACCGCAAGCGUGUCUUUUACGAGAUCAACCCGAGCAUGGUCGUGGUCCACGCAGAAGAAGCAGCUGAUCCACGCCAGAUCAAGGCCACGAGCUUUGUGUGCGCGACAACGUCUGUGCAAUCGAUCAACCACAAUGCACACUUGACGUCCGUGCUGGACGAGCUCAUCGAGUACCUUGCCGUCGAGAAGGACGAGUGGCGCGAGAACAGCUACAAGCGCAUGGUGUCGAUCCUCAAGCAGCUGCCGGCCAAGGUCACGUCGACGGCGGCGCUGCGACCCCAGUACGGGUUGAACGCGACGGGCAUCGCCAAGAUCCGCGAGAUCCUCGAGACAGGCACGCUGCGCAAGCUCGAGGCCAAGAAGGCCGACGCCCGGCUCCAAGUCCUCCGCACCUUUGCCAACAUAUGGGGCGUCGGGCCAUCGACCGCAACAUCGCUCUACAGCCAAGGGUUUCGGUCCCUCGAUGCGCUGCGGAUGCGCCAAGACGAGGUUCUCAACCCGCAACAGCGCAUCGGUCUGGAGCACUAUGCCGAUUUCCUGGUGAAAAUCCCGAGGGCGGAGGUUGAAGAUAUCCAAGCUAUUGUCAAGGCGACGGUCGCCAUGAUUCACCCGACUGCCGUCUCUGUGACAUGCGGGAGCUACCGCCGCGGCAAGUUGCAGUCGGGCGACGUCGACAUCCUCAUCACGGACCCGCUGGCCGACGAGUGCGUGCUCUUGCCAGAUCUCCUCCGCGAAUUGCACAAGCGCGCGUUUCUCACGGACGACCUCACGACCGUGACGGAGCACCACAUUGGCGGCUGCGACUCGUACAUGGGCGUCUGCCGCGUCGACGAGAGCCGGCCUUUUCGGCGCAUUGACCUCAAGGUGUACCCGCGCCACCUCUUUGGCUUUGCACAGUUGUACUUUACGGGCAGCGACCACUUUAACCGCAGCAUGCGCGCGUUUGCCAAGCAAAAGGGUUAUAGCUUGACCGACCGCGGGCUCACCAAAGUGGCGCGCGCUAAAGGCGCCAAGAAGCUCAAGCAAGCGCCGGGUCUCAUCUGCCCGGAUGAAAAAGACGUCUUCAUCGCAUUGCAGCUUCCGUACAAGGUACGCGUCGCAUCAACGAAUUCAUUGGCGGCGACUGCUUGUAGCGGCCGGAAGAACGCAAUUGCAUGGCCUGAGGCUGCCCCAUCGCGCUCAGGAGCUCCAGGAUGCCAUUAACUCGCAGAUGCUAUUCCUCUAUAAACAUGGGCGUGGAGGAUGCGGACCGUUCGCGCAAGACAGCUCCUGCUGGUGUUCGCUGUUGUUACGUGGUUGAAGCGGCUUGAUGGAGACGCCAGCGACGGUGCCAGAGACAUCGAUGUGCUGGUCUCUGGUCAGUGCACGAGUAGCUUGCGCCGCCCUUCUUCCUCCGCCACCUCGUUGCCGUCGUCGUCUCCUUGCGGCACC